GGAGGCCCGGGAGGCCCGGGAGGCCGCGGCGCGGUCAGUCGAGCCGAGCCGAGCCGAGCCGAGCCGCGCCGGUCGCCAUCGGCCCGGGCUCUCGCGGGCGGUCCCGGCCGGCGGCGCGGCCUGGCGGGCCGGGCGGCGCUGCAGCCCAUGGAGCUCGAGAACAUCGUAGCGAACACGGUGCUACUCAAGGCCCGGGAAGGUGGCGGCGGGAAUCGCAAAGGCAAGAGCAAGAAAUGGCGCCAGAUGCUGCAGUUUCCCCAUAUCAGCCAGUGUGAGGAACUUCGGCUCAGCCUCGAGCGUGACUACCACAGUCUGUGUGAGCGGCAGCCCAUCGGGCGCCUGUUAUUCCGUGAGUUCUGCGCCACUCGGCCUGAGCUGACCCGAUGUACUGCCUUCCUGGAUGGGGUGGCCGAGUAUGAAGUGACCCCAGAUGAGAACCGGAAGGCAUGUGGGCGGCGGCUAAUGCAGAAUUUUCUGAGCCACACGGGUCCUGACCUCAUCCCUGAAGUCCCCCGGCAGCUGGUGAGUGACUGCGCCCAGCGGCUAGAGCAGGGACCCUGCAAAGACCUCUUCCAGGAGCUAACCCGGCUGACCCAUGAGUACCUAAGCAUGGCCCCUUUCGCCAACUACCUCGACAGCCUGUACUUCAACCGUUUCCUGCAGUGGAAGUGGCUGGAAAGGCAGCCGGUGACCAAAAACACCUUCAGGCAGUACCGAGUCCUGGGCAAGGGUGGCUUCGGUGAGGUAUGUGCCUGCCAGGUGCGGGCCACAGGCAAGAUGUAUGCGUGCAAGAAACUGGAAAAGAAACGCAUCAAGAAGCGGAAAGGGGAGGCCAUGGCGCUCAACGAGAAGCAGAUCCUGGAGAAAGUGAACAGUAGGUUUGUAGUGAGCUUGGCCUACGCCUACGAGACCAAGGAUGCCCUGUGCCUGGUGCUGACACUGAUGAACGGAGGAGACCUGAAGUUCCACAUCUACCACAUGGGUCAGGCUGGCUUUCCGGAAGCUCGUGCCGUCUUCUACACCGCCGAGAUCUGCUGUGGCCUGGAGGACUUGCACCAGGAGCGCAUUGUGUACAGGGACCUAAAGCCAGAGAACAUCCUGCUGGAUGACCAUGGCCACAUCCGCAUCUCUGACCUGGGACUGGCUGUACAUGUGCCUGAGGGCCAGACCAUCAAGGGUCGUGUGGGCACUGUGGGCUACAUGGCCCCCGAGGUGGUGAAGAAUGAACGGUACACGUUCAGCCCUGACUGGUGGGCACUGGGCUGCCUCCUCUACGAGAUGAUUGCAGGCCAGUCACCCUUCCAGCAGAGGAAGAAGAAGAUCAAGCGGGAAGAGGUGGAGCGGCUGGUGAGGGAGGUGCCCGAGGACUACACGGAGCGCUUCUCCCCACAGGCGCGCUCGCUCUGUUCGCAGCUCCUCAGCAAGGACCCUGCUGAGCGGUUGGGGUGUCGAGGAGGGGGUGCCCGUGAGGUAAAGGAGCACCCCCUUUUCAAGAAACUGAACUUCAAGCGGCUGGAAGCUGGCAUGCUGGAACCGCCUUUCAAGCCUGACCCCCAGGCUAUCUACUGCAAGGAUGUUCUGGACAUUGAACAGUUCUCUACAGUUAAAGGCGUGGAUCUGGAGCCCACGGACCAAGACUUCUACCAGAAGUUUGCCACGGGUAGUGUGUCUAUUCCCUGGCAGAAUGAGAUGGUGGAGACUGAGUGCUUCCAGGAACUAAAUGUCUUUGGGCUGGAUGGGUCCGUCCCCCCAGACCUGGACUGGAAGGGCCAGCCCCCGGCACCCCCCAAGAAGGGAUUGCUACAGAGGCUCUUCAGUCGCCAAAGGUGAGCAGUGUGGGCUCCUCAUGGUUGGCCUUGCUGCCUCACUGUGGGGAGCCCGGGCAGCCCUUCCAUGACAGAGCGAGAUGUAGGAGAAAGAAGUCUGGUGCCCACCUCACCCGCCCCCUCCCUGCUGCUUGCUCCCUGCACCCUGACCCCCUCAAGCUGCUAACCUUGCUUAGCAUCUGGCUCCUUGUGCCUGAGUCUGUCCAGGGGAUGGACAGAGGCCUUGCUUUGACAGACCCUGGGAGCUUCCUAGUCUUACCUCAAUCUGUUGCCAGAAAGCUGUACCCUGACAGCACCCAUGUGUGGCUGAGCUGCAGCUCUAAGCCUCUUGUGGGAACCCCACCAACCCUCUCUGGGCAUAACCCUGGCCUUGGUCGGCCUGUGGUGAUUAAUGGCACCUGCUGUGCCUCUCUCCCUCCAUGUUCUCCCUGUCCUCCAGGAUUGCUGUGGAACCUGCAGCGACAGUGAGGAAGAGCUCCCCACCCGCCUCUAGCCCCCAGGCGGAGGCGCCCUCCGGUGGUUGGCGGUAGCAGCUACUCUCAGUGACGUUUACAGUUUUGCACAGUGGUGUUCCCCAUUGUCCAUUCAAGUCGUGGCCUGGGGAACACAGCCGGAGCUGUCCCCAGUGUCCUCCGUCCCUCAGCCCCUGGCCCAACUGAGUUUGACAAGGCCUAGGCCAUCUUGGGACAAAGGUGCGUCCCUUCGGCUCUCCUGUGUGGAGCUCGGGGCUUUAUGUAUUUAUGUAUUUGUACGAAUGUAUAUAGCUAUCAGAGCGUUCUUAAUUCCACCCUGGACAUGGCACUCCAGGACAACUCGCCCUAGCUGGGAGAGCCAGGAGCUGGCAGAGGAGCCAGUGCCAAACGCGGUUUCUCAGGCCCAGUGCAGAUGAGCAGAGUAUGGGCCAGGUCAGACCGCUGGCCGCCGCCAACCUCCAAGUGAGAUUUGUGCCUGCUGUUAUGGACACAGGCCUCCACCUUCUGGUUGCCCAAUGCUUUCACUCUUCCUCAGCCUUUGUCAGAGCCGGAGAUGGGGCUUUGUGUCCUCUAGGCCCCAGGCAGCGGUGUAGCCACAGACUGAGCUGACCGGGCCCCACCGACCACUGCCCAGGCGGGUCGCCCUCUGCCUUCCAGCUCCCAGAGCACAGUAUCUGCUUCUGGGUCAUAUCCUCAAGACAUCUUUUUCAGAAACGCCCCAGCCCAGGCCCUCCAACAUUCCAGAAUCCCUCCUAAAAGUAGACAUGUGCCCAGCAAUAAUCCAUCUGACCCUGUGUGUGCCUAUUGGGGCAGGGUGAGUGUGUGUCUGUGUGAAGAGGGUAGGGUGCGGCUGUGCCUAAGCCCCAAACCCUAGCCCUGGCCUUUCCCAGACUGUGAUGGCUGUCCUGAUGCUAGAGUUAGGACAGCAUGGGACCAUAAGGCCCUGGCUUUUCCAUAUUUAAAGCCAAUAUAAGCUGCCAUGUGUCUGUGUGACCAAUGUGAGCUGCCACGUGUCUGUGCAAAUACAGUCUGAGCACAAGGCUGGCCAGCCA